UUCAAGUCGCUGUCUCCGCCCCGCCCGCGGGAAGAGUGCGCCUAUAAAGACCGGCGGCCGGGGACCCGGGCAAGUCCCCGCGCUCCUGUUCUCGGUGUCUUCCGUUUCUGCCAUGGCUCGCACAAAGCAGACGGCCCGCAAGUCCACCGGCGGCAAGGCCCCGCGCAAGCAGCUGGCCACCAAGGCUGCCCGCAAGAGCGCGCCGGCCACGGGCGGCGUGAAGAAGCCGCACCGCUACCGGCCCGGCACCGUGGCGCUGCGCGAGAUCCGGCGCUACCAGAAGUCGACCGAGCUGCUGAUCCGCAAGCUGCCGUUCCAGCGGCUGGUGCGCGAGAUCGCGCAGGACUUCAAGACCGACCUGCGCUUCCAGAGCUCGGCCGUGAUGGCGCUGCAGGAGGCGAGCGAGGCCUAUCUGGUGGGUCUGUUCGAGGACACCAACCUGUGCGCCAUCCACGCCAAGCGCGUCACCAUCAUGCCCAAGGACAUCCAGCUGGCCCGCCGCAUUCGCGGGGAGCGUGACGGCGUCCCGGAUCACAUUCUCCAGGAACACCUUCAGCACCCCGCGGGUCUCCUCGUAGAUGAGGCCGGAGAUGCGCUUGACACCACCGCGCCGGGCCAGGCGGCGGAUAGCGGGCUUGGUGAUGCCCUGGAUGUUGUCGCGCAGAACCUUGCGGCGUCAGCCAGCCAAAGUCGCAAAAACAUGGCUCGCACGAAGCAGACGGCCCGCAAGUCCACCGGCGGCAAGGCCCCGCGCAAGCAGCUGGCCACCAAGGCUGCCCGCAAGAGCGCGCCGGCCACGGGCGGCGUGAAGAAGCCGCACCGCUACCGGCCCGGCACCGUGGCGCUGCGCGAGAUCCGGCGCUACCAGAAGUCGACCGAGCUGCUGAUCCGCAAGCUGCCGUUCCAGCGGCUGGUGCGCGAGAUCGCGCAGGACUUCAAGACCGACCUGCGCUUCCAGAGCUCGGCCGUGAUGGCGCUGCAGGAGGCGAGCGAGGCCUACCUGGUGGGUCUGUUCGAGGACACCAACCUGUGCGCCAUCCACGCCAAGCGCGUCACCAUCAUGCCCAAGGACAUCCAGCUGGCCCGCCGCAUCCGCGGGGAGCGGGCCUGAGUUGCGUUUCUAGAAAGUCGACAUAAAAAAAGGCUCUUUUCAGAGCCACCUACGUUGUCAUUAAGAGCAGCUGUGUCAGCUUUGAACCGGGGGUCAGGCAGAACCUGAACUUAAUUUCCAGUAUGUCAAGCAUAUCCCCAAAUGUGUCCGACCUAACAAAUAGGAUUGAACCUUUUUCCGUCCGUUUGGGUGUCAAGCUAAGGAGGAAUUCUAGGAGACACGGAUUCUCUGGAAACACGACCGUAGGAAAUCAAUUUCAAGUCAACCAUCAAGCAGGGUGACCCAUAAAAGGAAAAGUUAACUUGUUUCAGCCUGGUGCUUAGGAAACAGCCAAUGAGUGAAAGGGAGACGGACAGGUGAAGGGAGAACUGCGGCUUUCAUUUA